AUGCGUCGCAGCAAGCAAGUGUUCUCGCUCGCCUUUCCGAACGCCGUCGCCUCGCCCGACGCAGCGUGGAUGGAGAAGAGCGAGAGCGCGCUCUGCGUCAUUUGCCACUCGCCGUUCCAGCUCUGGACAAAGUGGAAGCACCACUGCCGCCUCUGCGGCCGCCUCGUGUGCGCCGCCUGCUCGCCCCACCGCGCCUACAUUGACAAGGCGUCCAAGCGCACAUGCCGCCUGUGCGGUGACGUGCUGCACAUGCUCCAGGCGCUCGGCGACGCCCGCGUGCACAGCAAAGCCGGCAAACCGUCGCCUUUGUUCUUUCAGCAGCCGCACCCAGCCGACGAGUAUGGCACGAUCAUGGCCAUCUCGCGCGCGUCGCUGCGGUCAGACCUCUACUACAUCAUUUCGGCGUGGUGGCUAAGUCGGUGGCUUGCGUACGUGACCGCGGGCGGCGACCACCCGGGCGCGAUCGCCAACCACUCGCUGCUCUCGUUUCAUCGCGGCCAGCUCUUGCCCAAGCCCGAGUUGCCUCUUGGCGCGUACCAUGCGAUUCACCCGGACGUGUGGAAGGUGUUUCAGCACUACUACGGCGGCGGGCCGUCGAUAUCGGUCGUCGGCACCUCGAAAGCGUGGAACAUUCACUUGCGUCCGACCGAGAUCUUUGGACACUGCUGGUUCCCCAUGGACGACGACAACGACAGCGUGUCGGAGCGCCCGAGCGUGAUCCUUCGCCACCUCGUCGUGACACCGCCCUCGAUCGUCGUGCCAUCGACGCUCGCUGCGCGAUAUCAAAAAGCGCGGCUUGCGCCGUGUCGCCCGCGCGACUUGGGUUCUGUCCCAACGUCGUAGCGUCCGGCCCCACCGUCGUUGUACUACAGUAUCUGUGUUUCGACAAGUUGUCGUCGUCGUCGUAGCCCCAAUCUCGUUUAAUCGAUUCGAACAUGGAUCGACCCCGCGUCCUAUCCUACCCCAGUAUCUCCGGCCCAGUGUAGUACCGUACGCUGUAAGGUUACACGGGACAUUGCCCUUUCUCAA